GGAAGAUGGCUCACAGACCCAGUAAGUUAUCCUAUAUGCAUUGUUACAAUGCAUACAUUAACAUAUCAUAUAUAGUGAAUUGUUAUUUGCUUGCAGAUUAUGAAUGCGUACAUUUACUGCCUAAACGAUGACAAGCGUCUAAAUAUUAGGGCCGGUGGGAGGGCGUUCCUAGCUGAUACAUUUGCUGGCCCUUUCCUGAGUUAUAAAGGCUCCAACUCAGAAUGGAUUGUCACAAGGGCAAAACAGUAUCACAAGCAUGACAUGCUCUUUUUCCCAAUCAAUAUCCCCCAUACCCAUUGGUACUUGUGCGUUAUCAACGCCAGGCUACGUACCAUUCAAAUAUUGGACUCAUUGGGGCCUAGCAACAAUGAUCGACUGGAACUGAAACAAACGAUCCGCGGUCUGGAGCAUUAUUUAGACAUGGCAGCACAUGAUAUGGGCCCGCAAGAAACUAAGUGGAAAGACUAUAGGGUCACAACUUGGCCAUGGUCGGAAGAAGUCAAGUCGGCAAUCCAGAAAGACACAGGCUCAUGCGGACUAUUCACGCUCAAAUUUAUGGAAUGCUGGACAGGAUUUGCGCUACGCCCCAAAUUUGCACAGCAAGACAUAGACCAUUUCAGACUUAAGCUAGCGGUCAUUUUGGUCAACUCUCACCUCAACAAGAUCAAGGAAAGUCCUGGUUCUAGAUCUAAGGAAGACGACGCUAAGCCUGACAACCUAGGAGAGGACCAACAUGUUGACAUUGAUUCUGAUGGAAUUACACCUACUCUAUAG